AUGGCUGAACCUCAACUGAAGGAAAAGGGAGAUUUUCCUGAACCAAGGCUCGACACUCUCAGAGCUGCAAUUCCCCCGGCCUGUUUUCAACCUGCACUGUCUACAUCAAUGUUGUAUCUGCUCCGCGACGUGCUCUACUGUAGCCUUCUGGUAUUCUUUGCCAUACAUAUUGACACAAUUCCCUGGGCAUGGGCUCGAUACCCAGCCUGGAUGUGCUAUGGCUUUUAUCAGGGCUGCGUCGGCGUGGGCUUCUGGAUCUUAGCGCAUGAAUGUGGACACGGCGCAUUCUCUCUCUUUCCUCAAGUGAACGAUCUUAUAGGCUUUACGCUCCACUCAGCCCUUCUAGUGCCAUACUUCUCCUGGAAGACCACCCAUGCUCGCCAUCAUCGCUAUACUAGCCAUAUGGGGAAGGAUACUGCUUUUGUGCCUUUCACAGAGGAGGAAUAUGAAAAUUCCUUCCAUUUCCCCUUCCUAUAUCGCAUAGUCAUUCAGUCUGCUGAAGAUGCACCUGUGGUGGCGCUAUUUCAAUUAUUGCUACACCAGCUGUUUGGUUGGCCGAUGUAUCUUCUUUUCAAUGUCAGUGCUGGAGUGGACAGUUUACCCGCCCGAGACACCAGGCUGUCCAACGACAAGAGCCAUUUCAAUCCUUUCGGGGCCCUGUUCACUCCAUUUCAGAGGUUCUAUGUCCUACUCUCUGAUCUGGGCUUGAUCGCCACUGGGUGCAUGCUGACUGGGCUGUGUAUGAGAUUCGGUCUACGGCAGAUUCUUUUGUUGUACUUUCUACCAUAUCUCUGGGUCAAUCACUGGAUCAUUUCGAUUACUUAUCUCCAUCAUACCCAUCCGUCACUGCCGCAUUACGGAGACAAAAAUUGGACUUUUACAAAGGGGGCCCUGUCUACCAUAGAUCGCACAACGGGGUUUCUCGGUCGCCAUCUGUUUCACGACAUCAUCGAUUUUCACGUUGUUCAUCAUCUAUUCCCGAAGAUUCCGUUUUAUCGAGCCGAGGAGGCAACUCGGGCGAUUCAGCCUCUUCUUGGUCGACAUUAUAACGAGCAAAAAGCUACAUCGUUUACAUGGUCUUUAUACUCCACGUUCCGUGUCUGCAAAUUUGUGUCGUCUCGGCUUCAUACGAGCUCAGGUGAUGCUCAGGAGGUUUUCAGAUGGAAUACUGGCAAAGCGACUUAA